AUUCGAAACGAAAAACAUGGAUUUCCCACAACAAAUGGAAGAUCAUGAAAUGGUACAAUAAUUGGCACAAAUUGGAUAACAGUUUUCCUAAACUCGAAAUAUUAAAAAAAAAAUCCUUUCUACAAAUCCUUGCAUAUAAAGUGGAUAUACCUACAAAAUAUUCAAACGUGUAUACAUUAUUCAUAUAUGUACAUACCUAUUUUUAACUACGUAUAGAAAUAUUAGUGGAGCGUCCUCCAUCAUCUUUCGAUGUCAUAAUGGAAUCGCCUUUGUGUACUGUCAACACUUUCGAUCGAAAGGGACAAGCUAACAAAACAGGCAACAAGUUUGAAGCCACUUCGACGUUGGACAAAAUGAAUUCAAGUAUGAAUAGCACAUUGGAGGACACGACGCCCAGUGAUUCUGGAGUGCAGAUGAUGGAUUCUGAGUCCAGUGAAUUUAUGGUUGAAUCAAUCACUUCACAGACAGGUUUCGAAUUCGAAGAAUUAAAAGCAUAUAAUGCACAAGAGCGGUCUGGUAGCAAUGAACAGGUUGCUGUUGUGGCAGCGCCGCCACCUCCGAUCGAAGAACGUCAUUUCGUUAGUGCAGCAUUCGAAGAGAUUUUAGCUGGCGUGGACACUAAUUCGAAUGUAACCAUCAUAAAUACGACAAACGAUAACACCACAACUAACAUCCCCGUCGAAGAUGCAAUGACCACAAGCACCUGCUCUACAUUCGAUACCACAGAAAAUAUUGUAUAUCGACGUAAAGCGCGCAAAGCAACCGUUACACCCAAGGCGCCCAAAAAGCGCGUAUCCUUCCACGAAGAUAUACUCAAGAAUACUCGCACCGACAACAUACACAUUGAGCAUGGCUUCAUUACCUACAAAUCGGGCCGAAAAGCACUUCAGCACGUUGGCGUUGCAGGACGGUAUUCAUGGUGCUCAGAAGGUGAUGGUGGCGCUGCCGGCGGCGCAGCAACACAUACAGAGCUUUGUGCGCAUGCGCACGAAGAUGAAGCGGAACAAAAUAGUCGCGAGCAAAGGCGGCGAUGUGUGGUGUAUCGCAACGCUUGUUCUGACGUGCUUGACUAUGGAAAUUCUGAUGUUUACGAUAUGGAGGAACAAAAAGCAUUACAAUAUGAUAAUUCAGGUGUCUUUGAGUAUGUACCAAAAGAGCGUAGCGGUGUAACAGAUGGUGUUGGUGUGGGUAAUGGUGCUGAUGGGCAACAGGUGUUGUAUCGGUGCUCAUGCUCUAGUUCGAAUUCCAGCUUAGACUCAGAUGAAAAUGACAAAAACUCAAACAGACAGCAGUAUGGGCAAGCGAAGAGCAAUUCAUGCGAUUGCAUUGGCAUGAGCAAUGCCAACAAUAAUAUAAUUGGCGAUAACUGUUACUUCUCUGAGCCAAAUAUCGACAAUUUAAAUGAGAAUAAUCAGAAAAAGUCUGUGUGGAACAAGGAGAAGAAACCAAAGUCUAGUUGUUUGAAGAAACCUAAGCGAAAUACCAGCAUCAUCUACGAGCAGGAUCUGAGCACACGAGUCAAAAAAUUCAACGUACAUGACAUGAAUCAACUAAUCGACAAUAGCAGCAAAAUGAUAAUUGGCUCGUUGAAGAGCAUCUUCACUAUGCCCCUACCAGAACGUGGUGUACCCGAAGGCUCGGAAGAUCUGCAAUCAGUUGCCGAGUGUAUACCAGAGUUGGAGCAACAAACCCCCGAGCACAAAUCAUCCAAACUAGCGGAUGAGCAAUUUGUUUCACCUCCCUCACCACCACUCAAACAAAAACCCUUCUUAAGCAAAAGUCUUGAUGGCUCCAAAAAGUCUCAAGGUGUUAAAAAGUUUGUGCACAAUGUUGACGAGCAAUUGCGUCGUAAAAACGACGAUGAAAUGUAUGCACCUACACGUCAAAGCAGCUCUGAGAAAACCGCAACAACUGACACGCCUAGUAGAGUUCUGCAAAGACAGGAAGAAAUCGACGCAGAUCAACGCACUGAGCUACUGGAUGUUGUCAUGCAAAACCAACUGAGUGCUAAACUUAAUGAUGCCGUCAUAGCUACGCAACAGCUGCAGCCAGCAGCUGAACAACCGCCACAAUUUCGCAAUAAAUUCAUUGUUAAUUGUGAGAGCACCGUUUUCGAGCACACAGGUGUUUCCUAUUGUUAUGACACAAAUGAAAUGCUUGAUCUUGAUUUGGAUACGGCAGGCAAUACGCCUGGCAGUGUCGCUUCGAGUUUGCUAUUGGAAAAUGAUACACCUAUUGCACAACCGGAGCCGGAUCAGUUGCGUAGUGCCUUUAGCGCUGCACCAAUCGCAAAAACGUUCUCCAACUUCUUUCGCAGUCUCAAUAAAGAUUCAACUACAACACCCAAGGCAAAGAAACCAUCAGCGGCUACCAGCGCUAUUAACGUUGUAGAAAGUCAACAGAGAUCAGGCGUUGAUAUGAAGUUUUCGCCAAAUGCCCACAGCAGCCCUUUUACCGAUACCAGUGAACUUAAGCAAUCAUCCAAGCAUCCAUUACCAAAUACCAUCUCUUCAUCCACAAUAUCCGAGCUAACUAAUACGAGUGCAUCUUCAUUACCGCCGACACAGUCGAAAACGAACAGUGCCUCACUUACUGUUGGUAGUGCAGGCAAUAGCAGCAUUAACAGUCUGGCUAUAGGGCAAGACUUGCGUGGUAACCUCGAAAAGCAGCAGCGUCACUUACCUUCGCCAUUGAAAAAGCGAGCUAGUGGCGGCAACUUGGCCGCACAGCCACAACGUUAUGGCACAAGUCUUGGUAGCGCAAGCAAUACCUCUGCUUGCCCACCCGAACCGUUCUUGCUUAGUCCUGAUCUCUUUAAUGGCGGCAGUACCAUCGGUUUAGCAAAUAUGUCGACGGGUGGCAGUGGUGGUGCGACUGGUGGUUACAUAGGCGUCCGUGGUGGUUGUGGCCGUGAUUCGAAGAGUACUAUACUUAGCGAAGAAUUUGACGAUAUUAUAACCAUUACGACGGAUACGGAUAAAAAUGAAAGCGAUAUUGUUAUUGUGGAUUAUCCCAGUGAGAUUAGUGAAAGGCAAGCAAUGAGUGACUAUGCAAAUCUCUUGAAGCCACCACAGCCAAACAAUGCAAAGACAUCGUUGAUUAAUCGCUUUUUGCGCAAUGUCACACAGAAAAAGAUUCUCGAAUCUUCGAUACGCAAAAAUAAUUUCUUUGCAGGUAAACUGCGUAGUGAGCAGCGACUCUUCUCUGGCAAUUUAUAUGUGCCAGGUGUGAAGCCAAAGAACUAUGAACUCAUUGACGAUUUGAAUGCCGAAAUAGCAAUGGAGAUUGAAAUGUCGGGCGCUAAUUCGCCGCGACGUGAAUUGGCACAGAUUGACGAUAUACCAGGUGAUGCGUCGCGUUUUGAGCUUGGCAUUGGUGAAAUAUCUAUUGAUAUUUUUAAUGGCAGCUAUUUGCAUAUACUGCGCGAUCCUACAGAGCAGCUUAUGAAGGUCUUCAAAUUGUAUACCGGCUACAGCCGAGAAGGUUACAUGACGCCUGUAUUGGUCUUUCUUACCGAUCGCAAAUUAUACGUUACGGAUUUGGUGCGAAAUCGUUUAUGCUCUAAGUUCGUGCUCUCCUACGCUGAGCUGGAUGUGAUACUUAUGGGUCCCUUCGGCAACACGGUUUUACUCAGCAAUAGCACACGUGACAUGCAACAGGUAUUACUUGCUGGUGGGCCUUAUCCCGCUGACGGUUUGGUUGCUAAUUUGGAAAUGUGUGCUCGGCGUAGUGGCUCUUCCUUGCCCGCUGUUGGUCAGCUGUCGUUUGCUCACCUCGCGCCCUUGCAAGAAUUCGUACGCGAAAAUUCAUCGGUAGGUGCUGAAGACACUUGGAUGUAUUAUGCGGUGGUGAAUGUGCCAGCUGGCUUUUUGGGUAGCGAACAAGAGCCUUUGGGACCGCAUGUAAAGGGUUUUCUUAUGCAUCGACGUAUCAAAGAGCACCAGUCCAAUUACAGCGGCAGCAAGCACAUUUGGAAUCCCGGUUAUUUCUUGUUGAAAGCUGGUGUGUUGUAUAUGUUCAAUGACUCUACUCAAAAAAUACCCAGUUGGGCUAUGGCGCUUGCCGAAUGCCAGGGUGCGCGUCGCGCCGUCAAAGCAGGACGUCCACAUUGUUUCGAAAUUAUUUUGAAAGGUCAACUAUUGCAGUUAGCGGCACCUGAUGAGUAUGUGGCCUCCGAGUGGCUGCAAGCGCUACUGCAGACUGCGAGUGGUCUAUUUGAAAUGCAGGAGAAGCAUAAGACACUUGGUUGCACGCUGAUAGUUACACAAAAUCAUUUGAUCACUUUACGUGAAGAUUUUUCAUCGCCACUGAAGCAAAUUAAAGCUGAUACUGAAAAGACGCCAAAUGCCUUUGCAGAUGUUGGUAAAGACUUUAAUAUUGGUAUUAAUGAUGAAUGCAGUCUAACAGCAGGCGAUACAGGAAGUUUGCUAAGUUCCGCAAUGAGCACACCAACGCGUUUUGCACAACGCUCCUGUUCAUCUAUGAAUUCUACACCCACUAAACUCUCACAGCUCUCGCAAUCCACAACCACAGGUGGUGGCAAUACCACACAUUCAACCUCUACCAAUGCCACCACCACGAACGCAACCUCAAUGGGCACCACUACCAACAUCACCAACUAUUCGCGACAAAUACAAACAGAAUGCGCCGCUAAGGUGGCCGAUGAGCGUUACUCGAAUAUGUAUAGCGUUUAUGGCAAAGAUUCGGGACUCGAGAUACUCACUUGCGCGGAUAUAAAAGAAAUGACUGGCAUUAAGAUACCAUCGCACAAUGACACAUGGUGGUGUGUUUUGGAAUUUUCUUGUCAGGAGGUGCGCGAAAGCACCGACGAUUUGGUGAUCUUCUUUGCGAGCAGCUCCGAAAUGCAACGCUUUCUGCGGCUACUUGAACAAUUGUGGCAGGCAAAGAACAAUGAUUUAUUCCCUAUAACUGUGUUGGAUGAGGAGGACUUGAUAGCUGAGCAAUGCACUAUGCUUUAUAUGGAUAUAAACAGAGCGUGGGAGCCACUUUUAUCCGCCGCUAUGGGCUAUCCAUUGUGAGCCGUUUAAAGGGAGUGUGCAGACAGUUAAUGAAACAAAGGAAAUAACAGUAUAUAAACGUAUUUUUGCAAGUGAAAUAAGAAGAACGAAAAGUGAUGGUGACUAUUAAUUAAGCAUAAAAAGGCUUUCAAACUCUCAAAGCUUAACUUAAACUUAAUUCAUAUAUGAAAUAUUUGAAUGCAUAUUUAACACAUACACACACAUAUUCAUGGAGAGUAACGAAUACAAGAGGAAAGUUGUUUAACAAGCAAAGCAACUAGUUUAAGAGAGAAGAGUUGAAAAUUAUUUAGAUAUGAAAGUAUGUAAAAAUGCUGCUUUUUGUUCGUGAAAAUAUUUAUUUUUUUUAACGUACAUUAUAAAUCAUUGUUUUUUGCAAGGUGCUUAAAAAGUUUUCGUAAGAAAAGCUAUUGAUAUUAUAUUUAUUUACGAAAUGUUUCACUCCUUCGCUCGUUUUGUGCGUAAAUUUUCUCUAAUAUUCUCGCUAAAUUAUUUCUUUACUUAUUUAGCUAGAUUUCUUCCUACAAUUUUUGCAUAUCAUUGCAGCUAAGAUAAUUUGUUCAACUCAAAUAUUCAUUAGUAUUGUUGUAAACAACAAAAAUCACACUUGAAUCAUUUCAUUCAAC